CCGGCACCCCCACCCUCCUCCUGUGUUUGUCACACGACAGCGCGGCAAAGAGACAGCAAGAGACUGCUGGGUUGAUAGAGAGAGAGAUAACGGGAGGAGAGCGGAGAGGGCAGGCAUCCUGAGAGAAACUGUGACAGAAGCCCGGGAGAUUGUAAUCUAUUGCUGUCACCCGUACGACCCGGCACCAUGAACCCGAGCUGUGCCCGCUGCGGCAAGAUUGUCUACCCGACUGAGAAAGUCAACUGCCUGGACAAGUUUUGGCAUAAAGCAUGCUUCCACUGCGAAAUCUGCAAGAUGACCCUGAACAUGAAGAACUACAAGGGAUACGAUAAGAAGCCAUACUGUAGCGCGCAUUACCCCAAGCAGUCCUUCACUAUGGUGGCUGAUACUCCAGAAAACCUCCGCUUGAAGCAGCAGAGUGAGCUGCAGAGUCAGAUUCGUUACAAGGAAGACUUUGAAAAGAAUAAAGGCAAGGGGUUUAGUGUGGUGGCCGAUACUCCUGAGCUGCAGAGAAUUAAGAAGACACAGGACCAGAUCAGUAAUAUUAAAUAUCAUGAAGAGUUUGAGAAGAGCCGGAUGGGAGGUGUGUCCAUUGAUUCUGGUGAAAUGGAGCGCAGAGGCUCAGACGAUGUUGCCAAUUACCGCCGACCCCCCUCAGAGAGCAUGCAGUCCCAUCAGCCCCCGGCCAGUAGCUCAGCUUAUCAACAUCAAAGACAACAACAACCGCCGCCGCCGCAGCAACAGCAGCAGCCCAAAUACGGUUACCAUGAGCCAGCAGCACCUGUGGCUACUCAGCAUAGCGCCUCAGCAGGAGGGAAGCGCUACAGAGCCGUGUAUGAUUACUCCGCAGCAGAUGAAGACGAAGUUUCCUUCCAGGAUGGUGACACUAUUAUCAAUGUGCAGCAGAUUGAUGAUGGAUGGAUGUAUGGAACCGUGGAGCGCACAGGGGAGACGGGCAUGCUUCCUGCCAAUUACGUUGAAGCCAUCUGAUUGGGAGAACUCGCCUCAUCUCUCUUUCUCACACAAUCAUGAAGCAUUCCAGUGCAGCCCUGUCUCAGCUUUGGGAAUGGUGGUCUCCACCUCUCCCUGCGUCAGCAUUCUUUUAAACCCUCUUUGCUGCCCUCUGGCGCCAGAAGAUAAAAAUGACCUCUUCCUUCAUCUUACACUGUAGUAACUGGAGGGAGCACAUUGAGGAGAUAGCUCCCACUUUUCUUCCCCCUCUGUUUUGUCUGAUUGUCUAUGCGCUUUGCACUGGUAUCAUUUUUUUUUUUUAUCUUAAGGAAAGGCCUUUAUUCCUAAUAUUCUCAGUACCGGUAAUUUGUGGCCUACUUCCAGAUUAAUUCGUUGGAAUCUACUUGCUUCGUUCAGUUUAUAAUGUAAUCCUCAGUUAGUAACGGUUUUGUUUUUUUGUGACAAAUUGUUACCAUCCUAUUUUUUAGUUUUUUUUAUAUCUGAAAUUCUGAUGCAUAGUAUGGAAAAUAUGGCAGGGCUGUAUCUGUUCUGCUAACCGCACUUGACAAGUCAUUGCAUUUCCUCAUUUUUUUUGUCCUUGUUCUGGUAUCACAUCCUUGUGCGAGUUCUUCCAUAUGUACUGCAGACUCCAGUGAUAAGUAACAGGUGUAUACACAUCAUCAAUUUAUAGCAGAAAGAACACCCUCGCUAUUGAGGACAGUUUUCUUAAAGCAGUCCUUGAGGCAACCAUUAAUCUUUCCAGAUAUGUGCCAUUUUAUUUCAGAAAAUACUAUAAAAUCUAUAUAGAGCUCAACUGAUUUAGUAAACAGCUUGAAAGAUUUAAUUAUAAUAUUCUACCUUUCCUUCACUCUUUCUUUCCCUCUCUUUCACAUCUCAGUAUAUUUUAUACAUAUAUAUGUAUAUUUUCCCAUUAGGUUUUUUUGAAUGUCACCUUAGAAUUUAGGGCCUUAGUUAAUAACAGUCGGUGAAUAUUAAAGGGACAAUAGAAAGUCUCCAUUUUCAAUAACAAGUAUUUCACGUGUAGGCCCUCAGCGUGUGUCUUCUCAAUGGCAGCUGCCCGGGAAACAGCUGUGGUGUAGCUUACAAAGGUUUUUUUAGUGGUUGAGAACAGAGAGAUAAUUUUCCCCAUUUCUCCAGUGCCCAGCCUCUCCCUUCCAUCCCAGAGAUGAGUAAUGCAGGUUCUGAUCACCCUUACCGAUGAAUGACUGAGGUAACCACGAUUAGGCCUUCUUCUAUAUCAUAGAGUUGAGUAAUGCAGGUGCUGAUCACCCUUACUGAUAAAUGACUGGGGUAACCACGAUUAGCCCUUCUUCUAUAUCAUAGGCGUUAUGACCUUUGUCUCAUGAAGAACUCGGGCAGUCUUCUGGUGCUGACAUUCAACCAAAUGCAUCUUGAGCCAAAUGUCUUCUGCCCUUUCCUUUGUCUGCCUUAUUUGCUUCUGCUUAACCCCCUCAUGCACAGGCAGGUUGUGUUGUGUUGAGGGCACAUCUUCACUUGAGUCCUGGUUCUGCACAUGCUCUCCUCCUCCUUGGGAUACACCUCCUUCAGUAAGGAGUAGGUAGAUUCCCACAUGUGGUGAUUUGUAAUGUCCGAGACCAAGCACAACUAAUUUCAAUCUUCCUAAGGUCACGUUUCUGUAAAGCACAAUUAGAAGAGCAAAAAAGUAACUGGAACUUAAUGUGAAUUCGGAGUAAGAGAUGAGAAAGUCCGCAAAACUGUAAGAACACUUCAUACAUUCCUAUACUGAGCAGCAUAACAUCUUUACCAUCAGUUGAGGUGCCAUAGGAAACAUGGAAACAGGAAAUUCCUGUAGAGGCAUGCAGCCUCAUUAUACAUAUUAUAAGCUUACUGGCAAAAGUUGGGUAGGUAGGUCCCCCCCCACCUUCCCACAUCCAAAAAAAGGACCAAGAAAGAAAUUCUUUACUCUUACAGGGAAGGGGUUAAUAUCUAUUCAGUUCAUUUCUAACUGGACCAAACACAUUCCUCCCUUUCCAUUAUUCAGUGCACUUUCACUGUAACCCAGUGCGGAAUAGGGGAGAACAGAUAAGACACCCCUCCCAGUCACCCUCCCUCCGCAGCCUUACUGUCUUGUGUACAUGUCAAUCAUCCUUUGUCAUCAUUUUUAUUUUUUAUAGUUUGUUAUUGUUACACCCCAGCUAGGAAACCUUUGUAUCAAAUUGCUUGGGCCUAUAAUCAUUUAGAAAAUAAAUAAAUCAUGCAGCUACCAAGAAAAGCUUUCUCGGUUUACUUAAAUUUAAAAUAAAAAUAUCAUUUUUA